GCUAGUACUGUUGCUUUUGUAUUUUAACUUAAAAAAAUCAGAUUGCUUUUUAUAUGUUUUGUCUCAUGCAUGCAACCCUCUUUCAUGAGCAGAAGGAAACAAGCAGCAACUCCAUCUGCACUUCCUCCUAUAGUUCCAACUCCAUCUGCAGGGACAUCUAGAACUCCAUCUACACCAAACAUAAAUUGGAGGUCACCAGGUAAAGAUCCAACCAAAUUGUUCAUUCCUCCAGGGACAAGGCAAAGAAAACAUUUGAAAUACAAUGAAGGAACCUCAGUUCCUAAUCUUAUGAAGAAUUGGUUUUUGUUAUUUAGAAAUGUACAAUUUAGCAUCUGAAUUUAUAGUACAAGCUACAACUGGAGUGAUUUUCAUUUUUUUUUGUUGUAACACCACUUUAAUGUACAACUUUGCUACUUCUUGUUUAAUUCAGAAUGUGUUGGUUGCUUGAUACUUGUCUAUUUGUAAGAG